AUGUAUCGACUCCUGGAGCUGCUUGAACUUGCAGCGAAGCUUAUCUUGAAGCUCAUCACGGGCAUCUUUGCAGGUAGCUUUGAAGUUUUCCGUGUGAUACUCCAUAUUGAGACAAAAACGCUCAAGGUACUGCUUGAAGAUAUUGUCCUCAUCGCUCUCCUGGUCUUCUGGGUCGAUGGGUUGGCAGUGCUCUAA